UAUCACGUGCCAGUCAUGUGACCAAGACCUGCCAAUCGAUUAAAAUAGGCAAUGUUUAUGAUAAGCAUGAUAAGUACGAUUUAGCUAAUGGCUGCAGUUUGCCGACGUGUAACCUCAAGUAUCUUACUGUGGGGGAAAUAUGCACAGCUCAGCCUGAUCUACAAUGAACCACUUUCCAUAAGGUGUUACAUGACCUCUAUGAAGCAUCUGUCCUUAAAAAAUACAGGAAGCCCUCAGGAACCACAAGAAAGUGUAAAACGAGGCAGAGAAGAUGAAGUUAUGACAGAGUUGGUGCGUGACUUUUUAGACCCUGCCCAGUUCUACCAAGCAGUGAAAAAUAUUGGGGUAGACUUCUUCUGUGGUGUGCCAGAUUCACUGCUCAAAGAUUUUUGUGCCUAUGUAACAGCCAAUACAUCCAAGGAGCACCACAUCAUCACUGCUAAUGAGGGUAAUGCUGUGGCAUUGGCGGCUGGCUACCACCUAGCUACUGGGAAGUAUGGCAUGGUAUAUCUACAGAAUUCCGGGUUAGGCAACAUAGUCAACCCAGUGCUAUCUCUGGCUGUGCCUGAAGUCUACUCUGUUCCUCUGUUACUACUGAUAGGCUGGAGAGGAGAGCCAGGCAAGAAAGAUGAACCCCAGCACCAAGUGCAAGGCAAAGCCUCACAGAAGACCCUGGAUGCAAUAGGAGUGCCAUAUUCCAUACUGCCAGAUUACAUAGAGGGGGCACAGCAGGUCUUAUCUUCAGCUAAACAACAUUUAGAGAUAAUCAAAGGACCAUAUGCCUUGCUGGUUAAAAGACAAACAUUCCUGCCAUACAAGCUUCCACCAGAUGCAUCAGAUAUAUUCCCGCUAAACAGGGAAGAGGCACUGAAGGUAAUAGUGAGUGCGUUAGGUGAGAUGGAUGUGACGGUGGGCACAACAGGGAUGCUGUCCAGAGAGCUUUUUGAAUACAGAGAAGCUAAACAUCAAGGUCAUGGAAGGGAUUUUUUGACAGUUGGUUCUAUGGGACAUGCCUCUGCAAUAGCACUUGGAAUUGCAGUAAACAAACCUGAGAGACAGGUCUAUUGCCUGGAUGGUGAUGGUGCUGCCAUCAUGCAUAUGGGCACCAUGGCUACUAUAGGCCAAAAUGGUACGACCAAUCUGAAGCAUAUCAUCAUCAAUAACGGAGCACAUGACUCUGUGGGGGGUCAACCAACUGAUGCUGGCCACCAUGACACCUUCUUCUUCACUCAGAUUGCCAAAGGAUGUGGCUAUAAGGAG